AUGCAUUCUAUACGGAUUCUACGACGAUGGACAGCAACAGCAUUGAUAUGUCUACUGGUCAUCAUAAAUACCUCAACAGUAAUAGCCGUACCUGGUGAAGAUCAAGUCUGUGCUUCUGGAUUUACAACAUGUAGUCAAUGUCCCCAGCCCCGAUGCGUAAGUAAAAAUACAGUAUCCAGUCUAUCGCCCGACGUAGGCGUUCCUACUACGCAAAAGUCUGGCAAUAGCAAUGCCAAAUUGAUUCCAGCAGUCAUUGGAAGCGUGUUUGGCAUUGCAGUCCUGGCUGCUGCAAUGUUUGGAUAUACCAGGUUCAGAAAACAGCGAGGAAUGGGUGCUGGUCUAUUUGGAACCAGUAAAUGCACGAGAUUGGACGAUAGCAGCACGAAAGAAUGGUCAAUGACAUCGCUGAGUGCCAAUGUCAUUCCGAUAGCAUAUAUACCACCGCCAUCUACACCGGUUACUCCUACCACUCCCGAGGCAGUUCAUUCGCGACAACGUACAUCCUCUGUGAGCAUUGGCACGACGCCAUUAGCCAGUCCACUGCCCAGGCCUUAUUCGACAGCAAGCGACAACCCGUUUGCCAGUAACGAAGAUGAGGAAGUCGGGACUAUUGUACAGGCAACAAGAGGAACAUCACCCUUGCCAGGCGCGGCUACAGCAACAGCCACGGUAGUGACCGCUACACGUGCUAAACCCGCGCUUGUCCGACUAAAUACUAUAAAGAAUAAUAACGGCAGUGCCACCGAUCUAAGAUCACUGCGAUCAGCAUAUAGCGGGGGGGCUAGCAUUCCAGUUACCCCCCAAACUCCAUUGACUGCCAACUCUCUUCUGAGCGUUCAUUCCACAACAUCAUCUAAUCAUUCCAGUUAUCAUGGAGAUUACAGUGAGCUGGACUUUCCGUUGCAGGCAGAUGGAAAUGUGACCGUAGAUGGUGGUUUCACCGGUGAUUCCGAUCGAUAUGGUUCUCCAUUCGUUGAUAGGCCAAGUACGACCUAUGAUAACGGGUUGAUGUUAUCUGGUAAUACGACGUCUUUACAAUUGCAGAGGGAAAGCAUGUUGAGCUCGGUGAGCUCGGAUCCGCGGAGCACAUUCAUGAGUGACAUGACUAGUGAUGGAGAGAUUAUGAUAUUCUGGGGUGGGAAUAAUAUGCCCGGAAUGGGCGCCACUAAUAAUGAGGCUAGUCUAACCGACAAGGAUAAAUUAUAA